CCAUACCCACUUCCGAUCAUCGGAAGCAUCUUCAAACUCGGAGACAAACCGCACCACUCCCUUGCCGCCUUCUCCAAAACUUAUGGACCUUUAAUGUCUCUUAAGCUCGGCAACACCACCAUGAUCGUUGUUUCCUCUCGCGAAAUCGCGCAAGAAUUCUUUUUGAAACACGACUUUUCUUUCUCCAGCAGAUUCAUCCCAUAUGCUGCCAACGCUUUAGACCGCCAUAAAUCUUCCAUGGUUUGGUUGCCGGUGGGGGAUCAAUGGCGAUUGCUACGAAGAAUAUCCAAAGAACAUUUGUUCUCGGUGCGCCAACUCGACGCUAGCCAGGUCCUACGCAAGAAAAAGGUUCAACAAUUUCUUGAUCACGUUCAUGACUGCUGCAAUAGCAGCAGAGCGGUCAACAUCGGUCAAACCGCAACCACAACGACUCUUAACGUUCUUUCCAACUUCAUCUUCUCGAUUGAUUUAGMUGAAUAUGAUUCKGUUUCAUCUCAAGAUUUUAAGGAUCUGGUAUGGUGUUUGAUGGAAGUUGGUGGAACAUCGAAUCUAGCUGAUUUCUUUCCUGUUCUUCGUCCGCUGGAUCCACAGGGCCUGCUACGAAAGGCAAAUCUGUAUUCUUCAAAGCUAAUAGCGAUAUUCGAAAGACAUAUCAGCAAACGGUUGCAAGAAAGAAGGAAUAGUUCAUAUGAUGCCCCUCCAUCAUGCAAAGAUCUUAUGGAUUUGCUGUUGGACAUCAGCGAAAACGAGAAAGCCUCGAUUAACGUCAAUGACAUACGUGACUUGAUCUUCGACUUAUUUAUUGCAGGAACCGACACGACAUCAAGCACGUUGGAAUGGGCAAUGGCGGAGCUAAUCRACAACCCCGAGAAAAUGUCKAAAGCUCRAUCCGAACUYGAGCAAGUAAUCGGAAAGGAAGACCGAACCUUUCAAGAAUCCGACAUCCCUAGGCUCCCAUACUUGCAAGCUAUUGUCAAAGAAACUCUUCGGCUGCACCCUGCAGUCCCGUUUCUAAUCCCGCAUAAAGCCAUAACUGACRUUGACAUCCGUGGCUACGUCAUCCCAAAAGAUGCACAAAUCAUCUGCAACUUGUGGGCGAUGGGUCAGGACUCAAACGUAUGGUCAAAUGCGCAACAGUUUGAGCCAGAGCGGUUUCUUGAAGUCAGUAUCGACUACAAAGGUCGUGAUUUCGAACUGAUACCAUUUGGCGCAGGGAGGAGGAUGUGUCCAGGGUUGCCUCUUGCACACAGAAUGCUGCAU